GUUGAGCGGAUCAUCGGGGAAGCUGCUUGUCAUUGACCGGCGGGGUUGCUUGCUUGCGGGGGUCUUUUCGGUUCGUCCUGGCUGCCGCUGAGUGCUUAUGGAUAUUAGUAGCUUAAAGACGAGGCAGUGAGUCAGUAUUCGUUACAGAAUGGUAUUAAGAAAAAGACUAAAAUGGUGCCUUUGUAGUGGGAGUAUUAAUGUUGCCGGUGCCUUGUAGCUGUAGUGAAAGUUAGCUUAUGAGUAGCAGAACGUUAGCCGAGUAGCUAAUGCUAGGCCUUCCGUUUUCUUUUGGCUUGUCAGGACACUUUAUUGUUUUCUUCCUAUCUUUGUAAAGCAGGGCUUUGCAGCUUCUUUGUUUGCUGUCGUUUGCCGAUUUUAUUUUUUGUAUUAAUUUGCUCCCUGUGGUAAAAAAAAAGGCACUGAAAUGAAGAGAGUGAACAGCUUUCAGAGGUUUAUGAACAGACGGGCCUCUGCUAACUGCCGCUACCAGCCCACCUGCUAUGAGCAUGCUGCAAACUGCUACACUCAUGCCCUCCUCAUUGUGCCGGCUAUCGUGGGCAUGACGUUGCUGCACCGCCUGUCGGACAACCGCUGGGAGAGGAUCACAGCCUGGGUGUACGGCAUGGGGCUGUGUGCCCUCUUCCUGGUCUCCACUGUGUUUCAUAUAAUCACCUGGAAGAAGAGCCACAUGAGGUCUGUGGAACACUGCUUUCAUAUGUGUGACAGAGUGGUUAUCUAUUUCUUCAUUGCUGCCUCCUACACACCUUGGUUGAACCUGCGUGAGCUGGGCCCUCUGGCAGCACACAUGCGCUGGUUUGUGUGGCUCAUGGCUGCUGCUGGAACCAUAUAUGUCUUCAACUAUCAUGAAAAGUAUAAACUUGUUGAGCUGGCCUUCUAUUUGACGAUGGGAUUUUUUCCUGCAUCAGUCGUGACGUCAAUGAGCAACACCGAGGGGCUUCACGAGCUGGCCUGUGGAGGACUCAUCUACUGCCUCGGUGUGUUCUUUUUCAAGAGCGACGGCGUCAUCCCCUUCGCCCACGCCAUCUGGCACGUGUUUGUGGCGCUGGCUGCGGCCGUGCACUACUACGCCAUCUGGAAAUACCUCUACAAGGUUCCCAGCGCCGACACCCUCCUCGACUCGUGACCAAGGCCGGCCGUCGGUCCACCUUUCCCCUCUGAGCAGAGGCUCCUGCACACCGACUCCCUCAACAACUGCCCACUGAAGCUGCAGCGACAGCCAUAAAAAGUUUACGAAAAUAAUGACCAUGAAUUGUUUACUGUUUUCUAACGUGGAGGGGAACAGAUUUUUCAGUGUCCCCCCGAUGAACAAAAGCUACUUUCAAAGCUGUUUUGUAACCAUAAGAAAUCUUUGACCGUGAGGGAGGGAAUUUUGACCUUUUACACUUGGUAUGAACCUUGGCACAUUCGUGAGUAUUUGAAUGACUAUUUGAGAAAUUUGAUAGCAGUCUUUUGUAUCACUUGAAGUGAGUAACAUUCCACAUUAAGGGUCUUUUGAGUGUCAAAACCCAGAGAUUGAUCUGGUUCAGGUGAUGAUUUGAGCAGGGAGGAUAUCGAAUGAGGUGCUAAAAAUCACCUCUCAAAUGUAGCUUUUAUCAAAUGAAGAUUUUCAGAUACUAGUGUUGAUAUAAAUGCUGAAUUUCAUUUUCUUUUGUUUACCAAAAGAAACCAAAGGUAAUACUUUCCAAACACAAGCACCUGUGCAAGAAAUUUGCCAAAGUGACAUAGCUUAAAAUGGCAAAAUUUGGUUAAAAUCAGGAACUAACUAAUCAAAGAACAGGUAGUUUAUUAAUCUAACCACACAUUUGAUGCCAACUUUCAAGACUUUGUACCAAAAACGCUGCAGUUUGAUACUCUUAUCAGGAACUGACACGGACUUGUGCUCUGCUGGUGUAGUUUUAUCUCGGUUCGUAACCAAAAGGCUCUUUAUGGAAGUCUGUUUUCUCUGUUUCUUUCUUCAAUCUUUACACUUUUUGCACUUUUUUUUUUGUCCAGUGCAUGCUUCGUUUCUGUAACCAGAUUACAGUCCUCAGUUUUCAGAGAACCACGUUUUCUCCUGUAAGCACUCAGCGCCCCCUGCUGGUGGGCAGCUGUAAGGACGACAACAUUUCAGAUUGUGACAGCGACUUGAGCCAAAUGAGAGAAUUUCAGGCAAGUUCAGGCAGUGUGACGAGACAGAAUUUAAUUCCACUGUAUUUGUAAUGUGAACAGUGUGCUGUAGGGUGUGUGUACGCAUGCACGACCUUUGUACUGUAGUCCAGUAUUCCAUUUCUACUGAUCUCUGUUUUUGAUUUGCACCUUUAGGACGAACAGUGUUUCCUGUCUGUAUUCUGAGGUGGGUCUGAUCGGUGGAAAAGCCUCACGUUCAUGUUUUUGUCUCAUGCUGUCGGUUUUGUAAACCUGCUUCUUCAUAAAUGAUACCUUUCUGUUGCUUUCCUGUCAGCGAUGUACGGAGCUGAAUGAUGCAUAUUUUUUAAUUGUGGCUCUUCUUGAAAUGAUUUCCUUAACCACUCUGUUUUGUAAUGUUUGUACAUUUUGUUCUUUUUUUUUUCUGUUGAUUACAUGAUCCUGGCCUUUGCAGGGAUAAAAAAAAACAAACAACUGCUUCUCGUCUGUUCCAUUGGCUGUUAAUGGUGCUGCAUAAACAUGAAUGCUCCUCCAUUAUACUGAAUAUCAUCUUUCUAAUGUGACUAUUAAAAAAUGAUAAUACCCCA